AUGCUCCAAACACGCCUCUCAUUGAGGAGCCUACAAACCUCCUGUAGAUGUCUUUCGUCAAUUACAGCCCGCGCAUACUCCAGCACCGUUGACCAGAAGCCCGAAGAACCUCCCCCACAGGAAAAAGUGACACCCAACUUCGCUUUUGCUCCUCCACCCGUUCGAGAUAAAGAAGGCCUCGGUCUGCGCACUUACACCCCUCGCACCCCCGGUCUGAGACAUUUACGAAGGCCGAUAAACGAUCAUUUGUGGAAAGGAAGACCCUACCAGAAGCUCACGUUCCCUAAAAGGGGCCAUGGCAAAGGUGGUCGAAAUAAUACCGGCAGAGUGACAGUACGACACAGGGGCGGAGGUCAUAAACGGAGAAUACGUACCAUCGAUUUUGAAAGGAAGGAACCAGGACCCCAUACCGUUGAGAGAAUCGAGCAUGAUCCCAAUCGAAAUACACAUAUUGCUCUUGUCAGGUCCAACAAUACCGGCAAAAUGAGCUAUAUUAUCGCUGCAGAGGGCAUGAGGGCCGGUGAUGUCGUGGAGAGUUACAGAGCUGGUAUCCCCAACGAGCUAUGGAAGAAUAUGGGCGGUACAGUCGAUCCUGGCAUGCUGGCUGCCAGAACCCGCAUGGCGGGGCAACUGUCUCCCCCUCCACAUGAUCCCCGUUGGCUCAUUGAUUUACAAUGUCGGCUUAAAGCCGGACAAGGGCGGCCAGCUGUGUCGGGCUGCCGGUACCUUUGCAACCGUCACUCUAAAAGCCACUGA